AUGUCUGAAUCUAUCGGUGAACACCAACUAGACAACGGAGAGAAUCCCGAAGAAUCGGGAGAAUUGACCAUAAAACAAGAAUAUCAAUUAUGGAGAAAGAAUUGUCGAUACAUGUAUGAAUUCGUCAGUGAAACUGCCUUGACUUGGCCAUCGCUCUCCAUCCAAUGGUUGCCAGAAUAUACCACCACCGACGGAAUAAUCGAUGCAAAGUUACUCAUUGGAACUAACACAUCUGGUGAAGAUAAGAAUUAUCUUAAAGUUGCCACUACCCAGCUUCCGGAGAAUAGUGAGGUCAAAGUUAGUUCUCGACUCAAGAUUGUGCAGAAAUUUGAAAAUAAUGCAGAAAUUUGUCGGGCAAGAUAUAUGCCUCAGCAAUCUAACGUCGUAGCUACCAUUAACGGAGUGGGUGAAGUUGAUUUGUACGAUUUGAACCAUGAGUCCAAACAGGCUAUUUCUCAUAAUGCCACUCAUUCAGAGAACGGGUAUGGACUUGCUUGGAGUAAUUUCACCAAGGGCUACUUGUUGACUGGUGCUGAUGACAAGUUCUCCUGUAUUACAGACACCAAUACAAAUAAGGUUAUAUUUAAGAGUGAUGUGCAACAAGAUAUUGUCAAUGAUGUCAAAUGGCAUAAUUUCGAUGAGAAUUUGUUUGCCAGUGUCUCGGAAGAUUCUCAUGUAUAUGUAUUUGAUAUCAGAACUAAGGAAGUAGUGUCAAGAUUCUAUGCAAAGGAAUCCAAUGGGAUUAACACCCUUGCCUUCUCGCCGUUUUCAAGAAAUCUAUUCAGUAUCGGAAAUACAAACUCUAAUAUCAAUUUGUUGGAUAUGAGGAAGUUGUCAAAUGACGCGAAAAGUACCUCGGGACUUUUACAUACCAUGAUGGGACAUGGAGAUCCAAUAACCAGUAUGGAAUUCGAUCCACACCACGAUGGAAUAUUAGCUACAGGUGCGCAAGAUAGACGAGUUAUAAUUUGGGAUUUGUCUAAAAUAGGUGAGGAACAACAGCAAGAAGACGCUGAAGACGGAUGUCCUGAGUUAUUCAUGAUGCAUGCUGGUCAUACUGGAUCUGUAACCGAUUUGAAUUGGUGUCCAUUCAAACCAUGGACUUUAGGAACAGUUGCAGAUGACAAUAUAGUUCAUCUAUGGGAAGUUGGCAAGAAUUUACUAAACACAGAAGAGAAUAGCGAGAUAGCGGCUAGCGAGUUAGAGUAG